GAUGAAAAAUGAACGAAAACUGAUAAUGUGGGAGAACUGGGGCUUUUAUUUUGAACCCCUGGAAAUCUUCAGCGUUUCUGUUUUCACACAUCGAAGAUGCGACAAACCAAACUGUGACAGAUUGACAGCAACGAUCUGAGCAGGUCGCCAUGCAGCAGUGUGAACCCCCGCAGCAGCAGCAGCAGCAGCGGCAGCAGCGCGAGGAAAACCGGAAGCUGGAGGCGCGAGGGAGCGCGGAGGCGGAAACAGGGGACAGCGACGCGAGUGAUGCUUAUGAAUGUCGGAUCUGCGGUUAUAAAGCAGCGGAUGUCUGCUCUCUCAGUCAGCAUCUGCACUCUGUCCAUCCUGUUACGACUCUACCCGGCCCGAGCUCAGCAAAAGAUGAGGAGAGUAAAGGAGCGCGAGACCAAACCUCAGAGGGACAGAAGAGCCCACCUGCAGGAAAUUCUGAAUUUUCUGAGGGGUCCAUGUCUUCCUCACCCAUGGACUCAGAAGAGACCAGCAUAAGUACAUGCAAUGCAGAGAACCAGGUACCAGCAGCAGAGCAAAAAGAAACUGUGAAAAACACACCUGCUGCCAAAGACAGCCAAAGCAUUUCUCCUGCCUCCAUUUUGCCUCAGAGGAAAGCCUCAUCCUCUUCAGAGUCUACAAAAGGAAGCCAAAGCGAGGACGCAGCCUCCUCAGGCACGUCCGGCCUCAACCACACACACUUGGUGUGUCUUCCUCUGGUGUCUGAGGGACUGAAGCUGGUGUGGGUGCGCUCCGAGCAGACUAACGAUCUGGAUGCAGUUUCAGAGCUGGUAGAAGCGUUUAAUGCCUUUCCCUACCCCACAGAGCAGGAGGCCAGUGCUCUGGCACGCCGCUGCUCCCUGUCACCCGAGCGUGUCAAAGUGUGGUUUAUGAUGCAGCGCGUCCGCUAUGGAAUCAGCUGGGCAGACGACGAUAUCCGGCAGACGCGCCGUAAGCUGCGGCGUCUGCAAAGAAUGUCACUCGGGGAGGAGGGUGAGGAAGAAGAAGAGGAUUAUUUAGCACAUGAAGAGAGGACACCUGAGACACUACAGCAGGGUGUUAAACAGGCGCCUGUGACAGACAACUAUACGGGUUAUGCACACUACACAUCACAACCAGUUUUCUCCCAGGACGAAGCCAAUGACUACAGCAGGCAAAACAGCAUCAUUCCUCAAUACAGCAAUGGUUUAGAGCCUUUUGUUCAGCAGCAAACUGAAAACCAGUAUGUGGAUGAUUUUCAAAAUGCAUCUGUGGACAAAGACCAUGCUCAGUUGCCCAGAGAUCUGAAUCAUUUACCUCCUCACGAGCCCAAGGCUGAGGGUUCCAGCACUUAUCGAUCCCUAUCGAAAUCAGCCGUGGUUUGUGGCCCCCCUAUAACCCAGCAGCGAAAGAAGACCAAAGCCCAGCUGAUGGCGCUUCGCCGUAGUUUUGUCCAAAAGAACUGGCCGUCUGAGGCUGAGGUGCAACGGCUACAGCGCGUCACCGGGCUCGGACGGCACGAGAUCCGGAAGUGGUUUGCUGACAGUCGCUACCAGCUUCGCAGGAGCGGUCGGUCCUGGCUGGCUGAACUGAGCAAACCCAGUCAAUCACCAGAGCCCUCGGGUACAUUUCGACAACAAUUGAAUAACGAUGAUUUUCAGGAGGAUGGCGAGGCCUCAGGGGCGGGGCUUGACUUUGAGCUCGAUGUGGACAUGGAGGACCAACAGGGCCCUGUGGAAGAUGGAGUCAGCGAAUCAGACACUAGGAAAGAGCAACAAAGUGAGGAGCCGUCACAAAAAGACAGCCAGGCUUCUGUUAAACAGGAGCGACGGGAGAUCGCUAUCGUCCCUUCACCGUCUCCUGCCUCCUCUUCUCCGUCUCCGUCACUCCUCCAAGGCUGGAACCCCAGCCUGGGUCCCGAGCCCAACCUCCGGAAGAAGACAUGGGAGCAGUUGAACAUGCUGAGGCAGAGCUUCCUGCACUGCCAGUGGCCCACCAGCGAAGACUACACACUCUUGCAGCAGAAGACAGGCCUGACACGGACUGAGAUUGUUCAGUGGUACGGAGACACACGCUACCACAUUAAACACUCCAACCUGCGCUGGAUUCACCCGGACGACAGAGAGCGUGUACGCGCAGGUGUCAUGAAGCAGCAGAAGAGAGCAGGGAAGGGCCCAAGGAGCAGGAGAUGGACAGUGGGCACAGAUUCGAGCUUCAAGUUUAGGGAGCCACAGCCCAGUAACGGGACAGGAGGGAGUGAGGCAAAGUCAUGGGACGAAUUAUACAAGACAGCUUCCUCAGUACUGCCAGGGGGUGAACUUUGACCCUGGGGAAUUUUUAGAUUAAAUGUUAAAGAGUAUUUAGAAUAGCAGGAAAGUAGAGGCUGGACUCUACAUUGCUGCCAAAUGCUGUAUUUCAUGAAGAAGUUUUUUUUUUUUUUUUUUUUUUUCUGGUCUCUGUCUCAUGUUCUCAUGUCCAGUGUUUCUCACCACUAAUGGAUUGUCGCAUUGAUAUAAUCCAGUGCCUCGUCAGGACCUUUAAUACACAACAUAUUUAUGUAUUUAGUUUUGUCUAUCUGAGCAGUUUCAUUUAAGCUGAAAUUAUUUAUGAUAACACUAAAAAAGCAAAGGAUGAUAUUCAGAGCGAUUAGCAGAACACAAGCACUGGGUGAAACUGCUGUUUUCAUGUGUAGCAUUUCAGUGUUCAACAGAAUAGGAGCGUGUGUAGAAAUUAGUUUCAGGUCUUUUUUGAUGCACAUUUUCAGAUGUUUAUUUUAAAAACUGACUUUUAGUGUAUUAACAUGGUUCAGAUCUUCCAGACCAUGAAUCCUUUAAAGUGUUGCUUUUAAAAGAACAGUCAGUGUGAAAAUAAUUUUAAAUGGUUUUAAGAUAAUUAUUUUACAUCCUGUUCUUGUAUGUUAAUUAUUGCUUAUUUCAGUUAUAAUUUAUUUAGACCCAGGACCAUAAUCCAACAGAAAAAGCUUGAAUGAUGCAUUUGAUAUUCUAUGCAUUUAAUUAUUAUUUAGUUGACUAGAAAAUUCCUUUACUGCUUUUGAAGAUUUUUGUACCUAUUUCUAGAAAAUGUUUUCCCUUGGUUACAAUGACAUUUUAACUCAAUAAAGUGGACUUCAGGAUUUUUUUUUCUUAUUAGUAUAUUUUAACUAGACAGAUACAGUGCCUAUUUACAAGAGGGCUGUAUGAAAUGGACAAAAAUUGCAUAGCGUGAUUGCUCUGUAUUGCCAUCACAAUAUAUUAAAACCAACCAAUGAA